UUUACCGCAAAAAUCAUCAAUAUAUGAUCCUACAUGAAUUUUCACUUUCGCCGGCAGCAUUCGGCGAAUAGUUGAGUAAAUUCGUUUGUGGUGUAUUAGUAUUUUCCAAUGUAGUACAGUGAGGAGUAGUGGUGGUGCAGAACAGUGUAGAACUGUGGAGAAACAGAACUCGACAGAAUCAUACAGACAACCGCAAGAUCCGUAAAUAGAAUCCUUGCAAAUCCUGGGAAAGAUCGAAUCAUAUCCUCCAAAUCCUGAAAAACAAUUUACGUAUCGCUCCAAUUAUGUUCGCAGCAAGACGUAUUCUGGUCUCCAAACCAACCAAGAAUGUAUUUGCAAGAUCAAAGCAUUCACUUCCGAAUUUGCCAUACGAUUAUAAGGCUCUGGAACCCAUCAUAUCCACUGAGAUCAUGGAGCUCCAUCAUUCCAAACAUCAUGCAACCUAUAUUAACAAUCUAAAUGUCGCCGAAGAAAAAAUGGAGGAGGCGAUUGCAAAAGGCGACAUCAAUACACAAAUUGCCCUGGGCCCGGUUAUCAAAUUCAAUGGUGGUGGUCAUAUCAAUCAUUCAAUUUUUUGGUGCAAUCUUUCACCCAAUGGUGGAAAUCCAGAUGCUGCCCUUUCGAAGCAAAUCAAUAAAGAUUUUGGCUGUAUGGAGGAAAUGAAGAAGUCCUUAUCUCAGAUUACCAUAGCAAUUCAAGGCUCUGGUUGGGGUUGGCUCGGAUACGAUAAGAAGACUAAGUCGCUGAGGAUAGCGACUUGUGCGAAUCAAGAUCCAUUACAAGCUACUACUGGUCUCAUUCCUCUCUUCGGUAUCGACGUGUGGGAACACGCUUAUUAUUUACAAUAUAAGAACGUACGACCUGUUUAUGUGGAAGCAAUCUUCGACAUUAUUAACUGGAAGGAUGUAAAUGCGCGCUUCAAAAAUAUCACUGGUUGUUAAAGCUCAACAAAAUCAUUUAGCAUUUAAAUCCGUUUUUUAGAUAUUAACGUAAUGUAACGUAAUGUUUCUAUUAGGAUUGAACGAUAUCAAGAAUAUAAUCAGUAAUUCUCCUGAUUUUUAUAUUUUUUUUUCUACACUGUAUCCGAAAUGACGUAAUCGAGUAACAAGUAAAACAAGUGUGAAAAAUAUGUGAAUGUAAAAAUAUAUUUACUUAGAGUAAGACAUUUCCUUAUCCUUAAUAUAAAAUAUAACUAUUCUGUAUCUCGAAAAUGAUAAAUUAAGGAAAUGCGUGAUUUGAAAAUAGUCAUAUUCUCACAUUUUCUAUACUUUUUCUUUGCUUUUCAGUUGCUAUGAAAAGAAAAUUAAACUAUAAAGAUUUCUAAUCCUACCUUUUGAUAAAUUAUAUAAUUAUUUCUAUAAUAAUCAUCAAUGGAGGAUUUAGUAUAUAAUACUGAAGAAACAAACUUAUGAUAAAAAUACAUAAUUAGUUCAUUUUACCUGCUAAUUUUCUUAAAAUAUAUACUUUCAAAAUAAAGUUAUUAACGUAUUUAUUCUUUUAAAUUGUAAAAUUGUAUGCAGAAAUUGUAUUCUAUGAACAUUGCUGACAGAGAAAUUUAAUAUAUUUAAAAAUUAUAGAGAAUUUAUCUCACUUUUACUUGAUAAAAUAAAACGAAAGGUAUAUAUGAAAAUAAAUAGAAAGUGU